ACUUCAAUACACUGACAGAGCAAAAAUCAAUUACAAUAUUGUCAGUGUACAAACGUUAAAAUUCUACAUAUCAAUAUAUCCACACAUUAAUAUCACACUUAUAUACUAUCACAAGUCUAGCCAAUUCAGAUACAAAUUCAACAUUUCAACAAUUUCUGGGUUGUCAUCGAAGCUACAAUUCAUUUAUGUUACUCGGUUCACAAUUUAUUAAUUACUAUAUUUUCACAUAUUUCGUAGUUUUUUUCAUCACAUAUUUAAGUUUGAUUCAAAGCUAUUGAGUUCUGCCUAACCAACUCGUAUCAUAUUAUAUUGUGUGUGCGCAAUGAGGGAGUUGUAAGAAGUACAUUACACGUACAACUAUACACACAUAUACGUAAGAGUUUAACUAAGUGUACUAGCAAAGUACGUACAUAAAUUACGUCAUCAAUAUAUAUUAUCCUACACAUAUUAUUAUCACACACGUUUCAUGUGUAUAUGAGUUUAACUUCAAUGCACUGACAGUUAGUAUAUAUAUAUAUAGACAUAUUUGUCCACACACUUAUAUAUAUGGCCAACCUUUCACAUACUAGUGGUCAAUUAGUACCAAACAUUCUAGUUGACAACAAAAAAAGUGCAAGAACAAAUACCAAACAUCCUAUAUACCGUGGUAUACGUUGUAGAAGUGGAAAAUGGGUGUGUGAAAUUAGAGAGCCACGUAAAACAACAAGAAUAUGGUUAGGUACAUACCCUACUCCACAAACGGCUGCUGCUGCCUAUGAUGUUGCUGCCUUAGCUCUUAAGGGUACUCAGAAUAUUGUACUCAAUUUUCCUCAUCUUGUCAAUUCUUAUCCAAAGCUCCCUCCCUCACCAUCUCCGGACAAUAUACGUUGCGCCGCGGCCACAGCGGCAACGAUGAUGGCUCAACGAGGUGACGAUGGUCGGUCGUCGGGAAGCAAGACAACAGCUAUAUGUAACGAAGAGGGUUCAGUUGAAUCUUCUUUGUCGGAAAAUUAUGCUAUGCAAAUAGGAAAUACGCAAAUGAUUACGGGUGAGGAGGAAUAUGUUGAUGAGGAAGAAUUAUUUGAUUUUCCAAGUUUGCUUGUGAAUAUGGCAGAGGCAAUGAUGCUAACUCCCCCUAGAAUAAACUCCACAUCUUUGGAAGAGUAUUCACCAAGAGACUUUGAUAUUGAAAAUCUUUGGAGUUACUAACCUGCUAUAGAGAUGAAUUUAGAAUUUUGUGUUAACGAAUUUUAAAAAAUCAUAUGAUUUUAUUAUAUAUGCAUAAGUGAAGUGAUCAAUGUAACAGUAUCUACAA